AUGGGCAAUGGGGAUACCGAAGAUAUCAAUUGGGUAUCCAAUCCAUGGAAUCAUACUCGAGAACUCAAGAACAUCCCUUUAGAUACCAAGGCACAACCGGAUCGAUCAACUUCCUCAUCUGAUACAGGAUAUGUUCAAGAGCUAUUGCAGCAUAACAACGGUCUAAUCCUCAUAAACGAUUUCCUCUCGCCUGGAGACUAUGAAGUCUUGCUGAAUACAAUUAAAGACGAAUUCCGUAUAAUGGAAGAAAGCAAGUCCAAGUCUCUCCCGACUGAUGAAACGGAGUUGCAACAACCUAGAGACCAGUCUAAACCCAAAACCAAAGCCAAAUUACGUAGAUUAGCGAUUCACUAUGGACCCAAAUACGAUUACACCACGAACCACGCUUCACCCAAUCCUACUCCUGUUCCAGAUUACAUCCAAGAUCUAAUAGAGAUGAUCAAACCUUAUAUAAAUGGAUUAGAAAUUAAUCAAGCUACCUUACAAUAUUACCCACCUGGAUCGGGUAUACCCCCUCACAUAGAUACGCAUUCGUGCUUUGAGAAAGAGAUAUUAUCGUUCUCGCUAGGAGCGAGGGUCAAUAUGGGUUUCCAGAAAGGUGAUGAAGCGACUGCUAUGAAGAUGUUCGCUCCUAGACGAUGUGUUGGUGGAUCAACUUCUACCUCAACUCCGGGCACGCUCCCAUCAGAGAUCACGAUUAAUGGAAAUCAAUCACUAACACCUACGCUUACACCUAAACCCUUAGCCCAAUCAACAUAUCAUGAAAUUCCCCUUCAACCCAAUAGUUUAUGUAUAAUGUCCAACGAAGUUCGAUAUGCCUGGACGCACGGUAUACGCUCUAGAGCGACCGACGAUAGUGUGAAAAGAGAAGAUAGGUAUAGUAUAACAUUUAGGAAAGUUGAUUUUCAGGGGGUUUGUAAGUGCGAAUAUGGAGUUUGGUGUGAUUCCCAACAGGAUAAGAAUAAAGAAUAG